AUGUUUAAACAUUCAACGACAAAGGAGUCGAUGGAAGGUCGUGUGGUGAUCAAGGACGUCAGUGCCAAGGUGCUCCAGCUGUUGCUCGCCUUUCUCUACACCGGACUUGUGAACUUGGAAGGUGAUGAGGAGUUGACAGUGGAACUGCUGGCAGCGGCUGACAAGUACGAGGUGGACAGUCUGAAGGCGAUCUGCAGUGAGCAGCUGGCCGCCGGACUCAGCGCUCAGUCGAUGUUUGCCACACUGCACUUCGCCGAGCAGUACAGCGCCCCAGAGCUGAAGUCAAAAGUGGUGGACUUUAUUGCCAAUCAAACUUCCAUUCAGGAGAAGGUGAAGGCGCUGCUCGACGUCAACGAUUCGCCGGAGAAGGUGAUUGCAUUUCUGCAGAAG